UUUCACUGGCGUCUGGAGGUCCUCCCUUCAACAGAAAACUGAAACAUUUUAACGGCGUUUGGUGUUUUUCAUAAUGAUGAAAAGAAAAAAGAGAAACUCAGGGUCAAACUCAUGCUGAGCUAUGGAGACAGCUGUUUGAAACCAACGAGGAUUUGUGAGAUUGAUGAGGCAGAAACACAAAGAGAAGUUUUUUUAGAGUUUUGAGUGGUGUGUGUUAGGUCUGUCUGAUGAUAAAAGAUUUUUUCAGCUAGUGCAUGCCUCGAUCACAAAGCACUUUUCCACUCGAAAACAAAAAAACUUUGUUAUUUAUUCACUUUCAAAGUGAAUAAGCCAAAAUCAUACCCAAGUGGAGAAGAUAACCUCAAAACGAUUGUGUAAUAAAGAAAGAAUAAUUAUAAAAAAGAGAACACAAAACUCAUAUUUCACAUACAACGCAAAGUUGCCCUCUUUCUCUCUCUUUCAUAUUUGGUAGUAGGAUUAUAUAUUUCUAUAUUCUAUAUAGCUGCAAGUCCAAAACUAUUCUCUAUUUUCAUUUAUUGUGUUUCGUGUUUGUUAUUUAUUUGUCUACAUUGGUGGGUCUUGACUCUUUAACUACUUUGUGUAUUCUCUUUUAUUAAAAUGAAACUAGCCUUUCUCAUUCCAGAAUUUUUUUUCCACUUGCUUGAAUUGAAGUGGGGAGGGUGAUAAGCUGUUUGGGUUGUCCGUCUUAAGCUUCAAGUGGGGAGGGUGAUAAGCUAUUUGGGCUGUCUGUUUUAAGCUUCAAGUUGCUUCAGAAAUGGAUUGUCAGUGAUUCAGUGGUAGUCAGUGAUGGAUCUUGAAGGUGUCAUCAGUAAUAAUCCAGUCAAGAAAGAUUCAUGGAAGACAGUGUUAACUUUGGCGUUUCAGAGUUUAGGUGUUGUGUAUGGGGAUUUAAGUACUUCUCCUUUAUAUGUUUACAAAAGCGCUUUUGCUGAGGAUAUACAACAUUCAGAGACUAAUGAGGAGAUUUAUGGGGUGUUAUCUUUUGUGUUUUGGACUUUAACAUUGAUACCACUGGUGAAAUACGUGUUUAUUGUGCUUAGAGCUGAUGAUAACGGUGAAGGUGGCACAUUUGCUCUUUAUUCAUUGCUGUGUAGGCAUGCCAGAGUUGGUUCCUUGCCCAAUUGUCAGUUGGCAGAUGAAGAGUUAUCAGAGUACAAUAAAGACGUGAUCUUUUCAAAUAAUAAGAGCCUUGCUGGGUCUCGCUUGAAAUCCACUUUGGAGAAGCAUAAGUUAUUGCAAAAAGUGUUGCUUAUUUUGGCUUUGAUUGGAACUUGUAUGGUCAUUGGAGAUGGGGUUCUUACACCUGCAAUUUCUGUUUUCUCUGCUGUAUCCGGCUUGGAACUUUCCAUGUCAAAGGAACAACACCAAUAUGUUGAAGUCCCUGUUGCUUGUGCAAUACUGGUGUUUCUGUUUGCCCUUCAACAUUAUGGGACUCAUCGAGUGGGAUUUUUAUUUGCCCCUGUUGUGAUUACAUGGCUUCUAUGCAUCAGUGCAAUCGGUGUCUACAACAUUUUCUACUGGAAUCCCCAUGUAUACGAGGCACUCUCCCCACAUUAUAUGUACAAAUUUUUGAAGAAGACUCAGAAGGGAGGUUGGAUGUCCUUGGGUGGGAUUCUGUUGUGUAUAACAGGUUCAGAAGCUAUGUUUGCUGAUCUUGGGCACUUCUCACAGUUGUCAAUUAAGAUUGCUUUCACGUUUGUGGUUUACCCAUCUUUAAUCUUAGCAUAUAUGGGCCAAGCAGCUUAUCUUUCCAAGCAUCAUUCUAUUAAGAGUUAUUACUGGAUCGGAUUCUAUGUAUCUGUACCUGAGAAAAUAAGAUGGCCUGUUCUGGCUAUAGCCAUUCUUGCAGCAGUUGUGGGAAGUCAAGCCAUCAUCACUGGAACUUUCUCAAUAAUCAAGCAAUGCUCCGCUUUGGGUUGUUUCCCCAAGGUCAGAAUUAUCCACACAUCUUCCAAAAUACAUGGCCAGAUUUACAUUCCGGAGAUCAACUGGACUUUAAUGUUUUUAUGCUUGGCUGUUACUGUUGGUUUUAGAGACACAAAACACAUGGGGAAUGCAUCAGGUUUGGCUGUUAUAACUGUAAUGCUGGUGACCACCUGCCUGAUGUCUCUAGUUAUUGUUCUAUGCUGGCACAAAAGUAUCUUCCUGGCUGUCUGCUUUAUAUUCUUCUUUGGCUCCAUCGAAGCACUCUACUUCUCAGCAUCUCUCAUUAAGUUCCUCGAAGGGGCUUGGGUUCCCGUUGCCCUCUCAUUGAUCUUCUUAAUUGUUAUGUACAUUUGGCACUAUGGAACACUCAAGAAAUAUGAAUUCGAUGUUCAAAAUAAGGUCUCCAUCAACUGGCUUCUGAGUUUAGGUCCUAGUCUUGGAAUUGUUAGGGUUCGAGGGAUUGGCCUUAUACACACUGAGUUAGUUUCUGGAAUCCCAGCUAUUUUCUCUCACUUUGUCACUAACCUUCCAGCUUUCCACCAGGUUGUAGUCUUUCUCUGCAUCAAAUCAGUUCCGGUGCCGCAUGUCAGACCUGAUGAAAGGUUCUUAGUGGGAAGAGUUGGUCCAAAGGAGUACCGGCUGUAUAGAUGCAUAGCACGAUAUGGGUACCGUGAUGUCCAGAAGGAUGACUUGGAGUUUGAGAAGGACCUUAUUUGUAGCAUUGCAGAAUUUAUUCGGUCAGAGAGGCGAGAAAGCAAUCUAGGAAUAGAAUAUCUGGAAACUGAAGAAAAAAUGACUGUUGUUGGGACUACUUCCUCAAAUUUAGACAGUGUAAAAAUGUGUGAAGAUGAUGACGAUGUUUCUGAAAUUGUAGGCUGUUCCGAGAUGAGGGAGCUAAAACACACUGAGAAAGCAACAAAAAGAGUAACGUUUCUCGUGCCAGAGUGUCCACAAAUUGAUCUGGGCGCACAAGAGGAGCUGCAGGAACUGAUGGACGCGAGGGAGGCAGGAAUGGCAUUCAUACUAGGACAUUGCUAUGUUAAAGCAAAGUCAGGAUCAAGUCUGAUGAAGAAACUUGUGAUAAAUUUGGGGUAUGAUUUCCUGAGAAGAAACUCCCGGGGACCGACUUAUGCUCUAGGAAUUCCCCGGGCAUCGACUCUCGAGGUUGGGAUGAUUUACCUUGUUUAAGUUCGAGCAUAGUUGUGGAUUCAAUUGUUUCUUUUUAACUAUCAUAUUGUAUAUGGAAGAUCAUAAGUUUCUCAUAAUGGCUAUUAGGUAAAGCAGUGUUUGCUAAUUCCCAGCUUAUCCAAUAGUUUGUAAUUUUAGAACUGUUAUAUAAAGUUUGUAAUUAUUUUUUAAUAAGAGGAGAGAAAGUUUUAGCAA